CCCUGCGUGUAUCAAUACUCGCGAGACGGUCGAUAUGUUUCACCGUUUUCACCCGUCACUCCGGACCCUGCGGACACCCACGCCACCCCCCGUGGAGUGCGCGUGGUUCGUUCCGUCUGCGCGUGGAGUCACGAGGGCCGGCGCGCGGACACUCCCCACUUCCGGGUUCCGCGAUCGCAUUUCGGAGGAGGAGGGUGUUGUCGUUACGCAGCCGGACAGUCGAACCGCAGUCCGUCGGCACGCGAACAUGGGCUCGGGUCCGAGGCGCGCGCUCCUCCUCGCUUUGGUCGCCGCGUGCUCCGUGGGGUGCGCGCGGCCGCAGUUCGUGCCACCGUACACCGAAGAGUGUCGGAGCGGCAUGUACCCACCAAAAGGCCCCACGUUCAAAGGUGCGGUCACGUGGUACACCGUGAACCUCGACUUGCCUCCAGCCAAGAGGUGGACGGAUGUGAUGAGCGACAAGAAGGAUGACCUGCUCGGCAUGAUCCAGGUGGUCCGAGACUUGGCAAACGCGUUCGUCCCUAGCGGGAAGCUCCUCGAUAUUGUGGACCGGGACCUGCCGCUCCUUCUGGACACGCUCCCCUUUCCCUUCAACGAGGAGAUCCGAGGCAUCUCCGCCGCGUCUGGCGUUCCCCUCGGGGAGGUGCUGCUCUUCAACAUUUUCUACGAAGUUUUUACCGCGUGCACCUCGGUGGUGGCCGAGGACUCCAAUGGGCAUUUGUUCCAUGCAAGGAAUCUGGACUUUGGUUUGUUCAUGGGGUGGGAUGUGAGGAACAAGUCAUGGCUUAUGACUGAGAAGCUCAGACCGCUUGUGGUCAACGUGGACUUCCAGAGGAACAACAAGACCGUCUUCAAGUCAACCAGCUUUGCCGGUUAUGUGGGCAUGUUGACAGGCAUCCAUCCACAUGCUUUCACCCUGACCAUGAAUGAGCGCUUCAGCCUUGACGGAGGAUACAUAGGUAUCAUGGAGUGGAUCCUGGGCAAGAGGGACGGGAUGUGGAUGAGCUUUCUGACCCGCUCUGUGCUGGAGAACGCCACCAGCUAUGAGGAGGCCAAGCAGAAGCUGUCUCAAACCAAGCUGCUGGCUCCAGCCUACUUCAUUCUGGGUGGGAACCAGACCGGUCAGGGCUGUGUGAUAACCAGGUCCAGGGUGCUCAGCCUCGACAUCUGGGAGCUGGACCGCACCCUGGGCAGGUGGUAUGUGCUGGAGACCAACUACGACCACUGGAAGGAGCCGCUGUUCUUGGACGACCGCCGGACACCAGCCAUGAAGUGCAUGAAUCAGACCACGCGGGCGAACAUUUCACCGAAGACACUCUAUGAUGUCUUAUCAACAAAGCCGGUUCUGAACAAGUUGACCACCUACACGACGCUCAUGGACGUGUCUGAGGGCCGCUUGGAGUCCUACAUCCGCGACUGCCCCGACCCCUGCAUGCCGUGGUGAAGACACCAACCACUGGCCCUUGAUCACUUCCACAUUUUGUUCCUCCUCGUAGUUUCAUGGUUCCUGGUUCUUUUCAAUGUGUGAUACUCUUGAUUGAAACUGUUGCCUGUACUUUGCUGUAGGGAGCAGAGCAUUCUGGGUAAACAUUUCCCUGGUCCAUAUGAAUGCUGACCAUUUAAGUCAGCUGCUGCUUUCCUGGAAACACAACACAUGCCAACCAUCUGCACACAUGGAUUUCUGCUGCCAGUGUGUACAGAUCCUUGCUGUAGUCCCUUAACCACAGAGGAUCACAUUCAUUAGAACUCCAUGAAAGAUAAGUGCUGCUGGAGCCUCAUCUACAACAAAUUAAUAGUUUUGUUUUGCCUGUUGGCUUCUCAUCUUUCAUGCUGUAAAGAAUAACAGCAAUUCUGCUUGUUUUCUAAUCCCAGUCUGGUUCAGUGGCAUGUUUGCUAUGGAAAAGAGCCUCCCCAUUUGAGUAUGGCUCAUGUUGCAAGUUUGUGUUUCAGGAAACCAGUAUCCAGCAGCACUACUCCCCAUGUAAAGGUAUGAGGUAAACAUGGUACCUGUGAGAUGUGUACUCACUCUCAGUAUUGACUGUUUCUCAGCCUUUGAAUUUUGGUUAAAAGCAUUAAAUGUUUAGCUUGUACUGAAUUAAUUUUCUUAAUGACCAAAUCAGAUAUGACUGGGCCAUGAUUGGGGGGGGGGUUAGGGUGUGUAUCCUAUUGUGUCCUGCAGCACUUGAUGGCUUCUGCUUUUCAACAUUCCUCUAACUACUGAAAUAUUCACAGCUGCCUCUAUCACUGUUUAAAUGUAAACAAUGUAGAUUGAAAUUACUGUGAUUGGCUAUUGGCUGCAUUUCCUGUACCUGCCUUAAUACUUCUACUGAAAGCCAAUGAAUUAUGGCCAGUUUAUAAAUAUGUAAUGUUGAAGUAAGACUCAGGUGCGUUUGUCCUAUUUUUUGAAGUUGAUGGG